UCGAGGAGGUGCGUCUCGGUGGCCCAGUGCAUUAUCGGUGGAUGUACCCAAUUGAACGGUAAUUAUCAAACAAAAUUAUCAAUUUUGCCCUUAAUUAGUGCUUAUGACACGUGUUAUAUUCCCAAAGGUACCUAUGUCGUCUCAAGCAGUACGUGCAUAACAGAUCACAACCAGAGGGCUCAAUUGCAGAGGGAUACUUAUUCGAGGAGAUUCUUGUAUUCUGUUCAAGGUACUUAGAUAAUGUCGAGAGUAGGAUUAAUCGACCAUUCUGUGUUGACGAUCGACCGCGUGAAGUCAUGCCUGAUGAGAGUGCAACCAUGUUCCCAGAGGUUGGAAAGGCGGUCGGGGCUGCUUCUUUUUACACCCUCACACCAGUUGAAAAAUUACAAGCUCACCGUUACGUAUUGGUCAAUUGCCUGGCCGUGGAAAAAUAUCUUAAUGAGUUUAGGGUGAUCACAAAGAGAAAGUUACGAAGUAGGACAAGGUCACAGUCUCACAUAGACAGUGUUGUGCACAGAGAAUUUUCCGAUUGGUUCAAGCAUAAGGUUACAUUGGGAAGCAGCAUGCACUCGAACGAAUUGCAGUGGCUUGCAUGUGGGCCCAAUGUUCAAGUUAGCCGCUAUACAUCUUACAACGUAAAUGGAUUUAUGUUCAGAACCCUCUCGAGAGAGGAAGGGUUGAAAACCCAAAAUAGUGGGGUGUAUAUUACUUCUGACACUAGGAGUUACACAAGCAAGCACGAUAGUAAUGUUGCUGUUGGUAGCGUCUCGUAUUACGAAAAACUAGUGGACAUCAUUAAGUUAAAUUAUAGUGGUCAAUUCACAGUCGUCUUGUUUAGAUGUAUCUGGGCAAACACCACAUCUGGCAGAGGUAUAAAACAUGACUCUUUGGGACACACAGUGGUUAACUUCUCUCAUCCAAUUCAUACCGGUGAUUGA